AUGAAUGGGGAGUGCGGGAUCCUCUUAGAUAAGAGUGGCCCCUUCCGAGAGUGUCACAGCAAAGUCGACCCUGCGGGCUACUUCCAAGACUGCGUGUACGACUAUUGCUUCUUCAAAGGCCAACAAGCUGUGAUAUGCCAGCUUAUAACUAGCUAUGCUGCAGCCUGCCAGGCCGCCGGGGUGACUAUAUAUGCCUGGAGGACCAAUUCCUUCUGCAGUCUCUCCUGUGCCCAAAACAGCCACUACGAGGUCUGCGCCCACGGCUGCCAGUCGACCUGCAGCAGCCUCUAUGCCCCAGUUCAGUGCUCGGCCCAGUGCUGGGAAGGUUGCGUGUGUGAUGAGGGCUUUGUGCUCAGCGGUGAUGAGUGUGUCCCUAUAUCCCAGUGUGGCUGUGUCUACCUGGGAUUUUAUUAUAAGGCUGGGGAGACCUUCCACCCAACAUGCCAGGAGCAGUGUGUGUGCCAGGCCAGCGGAGACGUGGUAUGUAAGGGGUUGUCCUGCCGCCCUAAUGAGGAGUGCAAGCUGGUGAAUGGUAUCCGGCAAUGCCAGCCUGUCGGAUCCGCAACGUGUUCUGCUGCUGGAGACCCCCACUACCUCUCCUUCGAUGGGGUCGCCUUUGAUUUCCAAGGCACCUGCACCUACAUCCUGGCCAAGACCUGCACUGAUGCCGGGAACCUGACAUCCUUCUCCGUGAAGGUGGAGAACAAGCCCUGGGGCAAUGGCAAGGUGUCUGUCACCAAGCUGGUGUCCGUGGAGGUCUACGGGCUCACGCUCACCCUGCUGCAGAACAAGAAGGGGCUCAUCAUGGUGGACGGGGUGUCCCACAACCUGCCUGUGGUCGUGGCCGAUGGGCAGCUCCGAGCAUAUCAGCACGGCGGGAACGUCCUUGUGCAAACUGACUUCGGCCUCACCGUGAGCUAUGACCUGGUUUACCAUGCCAGAGUCACUGUCCCGGGGAACUACCAAGGCCAGACGUGCGGCCUGUGCGGGAACUACAACAGGCGUCAGGAUGACGAGUUCCUGCUCCCCGAUGGCAGCGCGGCCCCUAACGUGGCAGCCUUUGGUUCCGCCUGGAAAGUCCCGAUCCCGGGGGCGGCCUGUGAGGACGGAUGCGCCGGGAAGAGCUGCCCGGUCUGCAAGGAGACGAAGAAGGAGUUCUUCAAACAGCGCAACUACUGCGGGCUGCUCACGGCCCCCGAUGGCCCCUUCGCCUCCUGCCACGACACGGUCAGCCCCAGCGUGUAUUUCAACAACUGCCUGUAUGAUGUGUGCUUAGGCAAUGGGGACUCCCAGGUCCUGUGCCAGAGCAUCCACAGCUACGUGACGGCCUGCCAAGAGGCCGGGGCCACCAUCCAGCCCUGGAGGAGCGCCUCCUUCUGCCCUCUGCGCUGCCCGGCCAACAGUCACUACGAGGUGUGUGCUGACCUCUGCACCACCACCUGUGCCAGGAUCACCGAUGCCAGGAAGUGCCCAGACACCUGCGCCGAAGGCUGCCAGUGCGACGAUGGCUUCCUCUUCGAUGGCCAGGGCUGCGUGGCUCUGCAGAGCUGUGGGUGCUACAAGAAGGGGAUAUAUUACAAGCCUAAUGAGACGGUUCUGACCAACAAGUGCCAGCAAAACUGCACCUGCACUCCUGCCCAAGGGGUGACCUGUGAAGCCCACAGCUGCGCCAGCGAUGAAAGCUGUCAGAUCAGAGACGGAGUCAUGCAAUGCAUCAACAGAGAUCCCUGCAAAGUCCUGACAUGUCGGGCCAAGGAGACGUGCAAGGUCAAGAACGGCCGUGCGAUGUGUGUUCCCAACUUCAUUGGAACCUGCUGGGGCUGGGGGGACCCGCACUAUCACACUUUCGAUGGGCUGAACUUCAACUUCCAGGGCACCUGCACCUAUACCCUGGCCAAGUACUGCGGCAGCGACAACACCCUGGUGCCCUUCACCAUCGAUGAGAAGAACGACAACAGGGGGGGCAACCAGGCUGUCUCCUACGUGCGCCUGACCAACAUCUACGUCUAUGGCUACAACAUCUCCAUCUACAAGAAGGAAGUUGGGAAAAUCAGAAUCAAUGACGUGACCACCAACUUGCCGGUGACCCUAGAAGACGGUAAAAUCAAGCUCUACCAGAGCGGUCUCAGUGCUAUCCUGCAGACAGACUUUGGUCUGCAGGUGUCGUAUGACUGGAAUUGGCACCUGAUCAUCACCCUCCCCAGCAGCUAUUAUAGGGCCCUGGGCGGUCUUUGUGGGAACUUCAACCAAAACCGUGGAGAUGACAUGACGUCACCCAACGGGACCCGAGUCUCUUCCAUCGUGGAGUGGGCCAGGAGCUGGAAAGUCAAAGACCGGGACCCCUUCUGCUGGGAUGAUUGCCAAGGGAACUGCCCAACAUGUGAUGAGAGCAGGAAAGAGAUCUACGGGGGCAACGAAUACUGUGGUUUGAUCAGCAAAGCACCGGGAGGGCCCUUCAGAGAGUGUCACCCCAAAGUGAGCCCCGAGGACAUUUUUGACAGCUGCAUCUAUGACGUGUGUCUGAACGGGGGAGCCAAGAACAUCCUGUGCCAGGCGCUGGAGGCCUACGCAGCCAUCUGCAAGAAACAAGGCAUCACCGUCUAUGACUGGAGGACUCCAUCUGGCUGUGUCCCAAUCUGCCCUGAGAACAGCCACUACGAGGCCUGUGGGAACGCCUGCCCAGCCAGCUGCUCCGACCAAACCGCCAACUCCUCCUGCCGGGAGCCCUGCGUGGAGAGCUGCCAGUGUGACAACGGUUACGUCCUGAGUGCCGGCCAGUGUGUCCCGGUGGGGAGCUGUGGCUGUGACUACAAUGGCCGCUACUACAAACCCAACGAGGAGUUCUGGGCCGAUGAGAACUGCCGCUCUCGGUGCAGAUGUGAUCCCAGCUUGGGCAUGGUGCUUUGCCAGGAGACCAACUGCAAGGCUGGCGAGAGAUGCGCCGUGAUCAACGGGAUCCGUGGCUGCUCCCCAAUCAGCUACUCCACCUGCACGGCCUCCGGGGACCCUCACUACACCACCUUUGACGGGAAAAAGUACGAUUUCAUGGGCACCUGCACCUACCUGCUGGCUGGGGUCUGCUCAGAGGACCCCACUCUCACCCCAUUUAACAUCAAGGUGGAGAAUAACAAUCGCGGCAGCAAGGCCGUGUCCUACACCAAAGCGGUGACCUUGGAGGUCUACGGCAGAAACAUCACUGUCAGCCAGCAAUAUCCCCGCAAGAUCAAGGUGGACGGAGUCUUUGUGGCCCUGCCUUUCUACCAUGAGGAGAAGCUACAGGCCUACAUCAGCGGAGCCCAAGUCCUCAUGAAGACCGCCUUCGCGCUGAGGGUGUCCUUCGACGGGAGCCUGGUCCGGGUCACUGUGCCCAACACCUACGCCAACGCCCUUUGUGGCCUGUGCGGUGACAACAACCAAACUGCCAGUGACGACCUGACCAUGAGAGACGGGAGACGGGCAGCCAACGCCAUCCGGUUUGCAGAGAGCUGGAAGGUGGGGGAGGUCCCGGGCUGCUCAGACAGCUGCACCGGGAAGUGCCUGGUCUGCAGUGAGGCUCAGAGACAACCCUACAAGGGAGAUCGGUACUGCGGGGUCAUCACCAGAGGGGACGGACCGUUCAGAGAGUGCCACGGAGUCAUCGACCCAGCCCCUUUCUUCAACGACUGCGUCUUUGACACCUGCCAGUACAAGGGCCUCCGGGAUGCUCUCUGCAGUGCGAUCAGCGCCUACGUGACAGCCUGCCAGGCCAGGGGCAUCCGGAUAGGGCAGUGGAGAUCGGCCUCAUUCUGCAGUCCCACCUGCCCCAGUAACUUCCACUACGAGCUCUGUGGGAGCGGCUGCCCUGCCACCUGCCACGGGCUCUCGGCGCCGGACGGCUGCGAUGCCCCCUGUGCCGAAGGGUGUUUCUGCGAUGCCGGGUUCCUCCUGAGCGGAGACAGGUGUGUCCCCGUUGCGCAGUGCGGCUGUGUGCACCAGGGCACGUACUACAGGAAGGGAGAGGUGUUCUUCGCCAGCGCCUCCUGUCGGGAGCAGUGCUGGUGCCAAGACAACGGGGUCGUCCGGUGUCGCGAGGCCUCCUGUGGAGCCAACGAGCAGUGCAAGGUGGCGGACGGCAUCCGGAAAUGCCACCCUGUCGGAUCUGCAACGUGUUCUGCUGCCGGAGACCCCCACUACCUCUCCUUCGAUGGAGUCGCCUUCGAUUUCCAAGGCACCUGCACCUACAUCCUGGCCAAGACCUGCGCUGAUGCCGGGAACCUGACAUCCUUCUCCGUGAAGGUGGAGAACAAGCCCUGGGGCAAUGGCAAGGUGUCUGUCACCAAGCUGGUGUCCGUGGAGGUCUACGGGCUCACGCUCACCCUGCUGCAGAACAGAAAGGGGCUCGUCAUGGUGGACGGGGUGUCCCACAACCUGCCUGUGGUCGUGGCCGAUGGGCAGCUCCGAGCAUAUCAGCACGGCGGGAACGUCCUUGUGCAAACUGACUUCGGCCUCACCGUGAGCUAUGACCUGGUUUACCAUGCCAGAGUCACUGUCCCGGGGAACUACCAAGGCCAGACGUGCGGCCUGUGCGGGAACUACAACAGGCGUCGGGAUGACGAGUUCCUGCUCCCCGAUGGCAGCGCGGCCCCUAACGUGGCAGCCUUUGGUUCCGCCUGGAAAGUCCCGAUCCCGGGGGCGGCCUGUGAGGACGGAUGCGCCGGGAAGAGCUGCCCGGUCUGCAAGGAGACGAAGAAGGAGUUCUUCAAACAGCGCAACUACUGCGGGCUGCUCACGGCCCCCGAUGGCCCCUUCGCCUCCUGCCACGACACGGUCAGCCCCAGCGUGUAUUUCAACAACUGCCUGUAUGAUGUGUGCUUAGGCAAUGGGGACUCCCAGGUCCUGUGCCAGAGCAUCCACAGCUACGUGACGGCCUGCCAAGAGGCCGGGGCCACCAUCCAGCCCUGGAGGAGCGCCUCCUUCUGCCCUCUGCGCUGCCCGGUCAACAGUCACUACGAGGUGUGUGCUGACCUCUGCACCACCACCUGUGCCAGGAUCACCGAUGCCAGGAAGUGCCCAGACACCUGCGCCGAAGGCUGCCAGUGCGACGAUGGCUUCCUCUUCGAUGGCCAGGGCUGCGUGGCUCUGCAGAGCUGUGGGUGCUACAAGAAGGGGAUAUAUUACAAGCCUAAUGAGACGGUUCUGACCAACAAGUGCCAGCAAAACUGCACCUGCACUCCUGCCCAAGGGGUGACCUGUGAAGCCCACAGCUGCGCCAGCGAUGAAAGCUGUCAGAUCAGAGACGGAGUCAUGCAAUGCAUCAACAGAGAUCCCUGCAAAGUCCUGACAUGUCGGGCCAAGGAGACGUGCAAGGUCAAGAACGGCCGUGCGAUGUGUGUUCCCAACUUCAUUGGAACCUGCUGGGGCUGGGGGGACCCGCACUAUCACACUUUCGAUGGGCUGAACUUCAACUUCCAGGGCACCUGCACCUAUACCCUGGCCAAGUACUGCGGCAGCGACAACACCCUGGUGCCCUUCACCAUCGAUGAGAAGAACGACAACAGGGGGGGCAACCAGGCUGUCUCCUACGUGCGCCUGACCAACAUCUACGUCUAUGGCUACAACAUCUCCAUCUACAAGAAGGAAGUUGGGAAAAUCAGAAUCAAUGACGUGACCACCAACUUGCCGGUGACCCUAGAAGACGGUAAAAUCAAGCUCUACCAGAGCGGUCUCAGUGCUAUCCUGCAGACAGACUUUGGUCUGCAGGUGUCGUAUGACUGGAAUUGGCACCUGAUCAUCACCCUCCCCAGCAGCUAUUAUAGGGCCCUGGGCGGUCUUUGUGGGAACUUCAACCAAAACCGUGGAGAUGACAUGACGUCACCCAACGGGACCCGAGUCUCUUCCAUCGUGGAGUGGGCCAGGAGCUGGAAAGUCAAAGACCGGGACCCCUUCUGCUGGGAUGAUUGCCAAGGGAACUGCCCAACAUGUGAUGAGAGCAGGAAAGAGAUCUACGGGGGCAACGAAUACUGUGGUUUGAUCAGCAAAGCACCGGGAGGGCCCUUCAGAGAGUGUCACCCCAAAGUGAGCCCCGAGGACAUUUUUGACAGCUGCAUCUAUGACGUGUGUCUGAACGGGGGAGCCAAGAACAUCCUGUGCCAGGCGCUGGAGGCCUACGCAGCCAUCUGCAAGAAACAAGGCAUCACCGUCUAUGACUGGAGGACUCCAUCUGGCUGUGUCCCAAUCUGCCCUGAGAACAGCCACUACGAGGCCUGUGGGAACGCCUGCCCAGCCAGCUGCUCCGACCAAACCGCCAACUCCUCCUGCCGGGAGCCCUGCGUGGAGAGCUGCCAGUGUGACAACGGUUACGUCCUGAGUGCCGGCCAGUGUGUCCCGGUGGGGAGCUGUGGCUGUGACUACAAUGGCCGCUACUACAAACCCAAUGAGGAGUUCUGGGCCGAUGAGAACUGCCGCUCUCGGUGCAGAUGUGAUCCCAGCUUGGGCAUGGUGCUUUGCCAGGAGACCAACUGCAAGGCUGGCGAGAGAUGCGCCGUGAUCAACGGGAUCCGUGGCUGCUCCCCAAUCAGCUACUCCACCUGCACGGCCUCCGGGGACCCUCACUACACCACCUUUGACGGGAAAAAGUACGAUUUCAUGGGCACCUGCAUCUACCUGCUGGCUGGGGUCUGCUCAGAGGACCCCACUCUCACCCCAUUUAACAUCAAGGUGGAGAAUAACAAUCGCGGCAGCAAGGCCGUGUCCUACACCAAAGCGGUGACCUUGGAGGUCUACGGCAGAAACAUCACUGUCAGCCAGCAAUAUCCCCGCAAGAUCAAGGUGGAUGGAGUCUUCAUGGACCUGCCGUUCUACCAAGAGGAGAAGCUACAGGCCUACAUCAGCGGAGCCCACAUCCUCAUCAAGACCGCCUUCGCCCUGAGGGUGACCUUCGAUGGGAGCAGCCUGGUCCGGGUCACAGUGCCCAACACCUACGCCAACGCCCUCUGCGGUCUGUGCGGUGACAACAACCAAAUGGCCGGGGACGACCUGACCAUGAGGAAUGGGAGACGGACGUCCAGUGCCGUCCUGUUCGCAGAGAGCUGGAAGGUGGGAGAGGUCCCGGGGUGUUUACACGGUUGCACCAAGAACUGCCCAGUCUGCAGUGAGGCUCAGAAAAAACCCUACAAGGAAAACCGGUACUGCGGGGUCCUCACCAGAGGGGACGGACCAUUCAGAGAGUGCCACAGGGCCAUUGACCCAGCCCCCUUUUUCGAUGACUGCAUCUUUGACACCUGCCAGUACAAGGGUCACCGUGACGCUCUCUGCAAUGCGAUUGGUGCCUACGUGACGGCCUGCCAGGCCAGGGGCAUCCGGAUAGGGCAGUGGAGAUCGGCCUCAUUCUGCAGCCCCACCUGCCCCCGUAACUCCCACUACGAGCUCUGUGGGAGCGGCUGCCCUGCCACCUGCCACGGGCUCUCGGCGCCGGACGGCUGCGAUGCCCCCUGUGCCGAAGGGUGUUUCUGCGAUGCCGGGUUCCUCCUGAGCGGAGACGGGUGCGUCCCCGUCGCGCAGUGCGGCUGCGUGCACCAGGGCACGUACUACAGGAAGGGAGAGGAGUUCUACGCCAGCGCCUCCUGCCGGGAGAGGUGCCGGUGCCAAGACAACGGGAUCGUUGAGUGCCAGGAAGCCUCCUGUGGAGCCAACGAACAGUGCAGGGUAGAGAACGGAGUCUUGGGUUGCCACGCCACAGGCUUUGGCAAAUGUGUAGCAUCUGGUGACCCUCACUAUCUGACCUUUGAUGGACGGGCCUUUGAUUUCCAGGGCACUUGCACUUAUAGCUUAGCCAGAGUUUGCAGCAGUGUUGCUGGGCUGGCAAACUUCUCCGUGGUGGUAGAAAAUGAGAGCUAUGGUAAUGGCCAAGUGUCAGUGGCACGGAUGGUGGUGGUCUCCAUUAAUGGUCACACCAUCACCAUGGAGAGGGGAAGGAAGUGGAAAGUCAAGGUGGACGGGGAACUCUGCACUCUCCCACUGGCUAUGGACAAUGGGAAACUUCAGAUCAACCAGGAGGGGAACAACCUCAUUGUCCAAUCUGCCUCUGGCCUCCAAGUCCUUUAUGACACCUCCUAUUAUGUCCUAGUCUCCAUCCCCAGCUCCUACAAGGGACACGUGUGCGGCUUGUGCGGCAACUUCAACAGUGACAAGAACGAUGACUUCCUGCUGCCCAGUGGGAAGAGCGCCCAGAACGUGGAUGAGCUUGGGGCCUCCUGGAAGGUGCCCAUUGAUGGUGCCAUGUGCGCCGAUGGCUGUGGUGAGAGGUGCCCUGUCUGCAAUGCAGAUCAGACGAAGCCGUACCAGGUCGAGAACUCCUGCGGGUUGAUCAAAGCUACAUCAGGUCCCUUCAGAGGCUGUCACUCGCUGGUCAGCCCCGCCGAGUAUUUCACCCAUUGUCUCUAUGACAUGUGUGCUGCCAAUGGGGCGAGAGAGACCCUCUGCCAGAGCCUCCAGGCCUACGCGGCCGCGUGCCAGGCAGCAGGAGGCACAGUCAGUGCCUGGAGAACGGCCUCCUUCUGCCGUAAGUCUACAGAACAAUCUACAGCCUGCUCUUAUCUUCAGCUGUAUUUGCAGUUAGUGAUGUGGUAUCACAAUCUCUCUGCUCGUCAGAUACCUUUGUGA